AUGGAAAGAAACCUUUUGAAUAUUCAGCCCUUGCAGACUCCAUCUGGAGAAAUAAUUCAUGAAUAUUUUGGCAGUGCUGACAAAAUUGUCACAAAUACUGAUCCAAACUAUGUUCCAAAACAUUCCAUGGCUCGAAUUGAAAUUCCUGUGGGAAAAAAAAGUGAAAAACAUUUUCAUCCUAUUUGUGAGGAAUCAUACACGAUUAUUUCUGGCCAAGGCUAUGUAACUAUUGAUAACGACCGUCAUGACGUCACAGAAGGGUCGUCUGUGAUUAUUCCUCCAAAAGCUCGUCAUCAAAUUUUUAAUACUGGAAAUAAUUCGUUAAUUUUUUUUGCUGUCUGUAUUCCUCCUUGGACCGCAGAUUGCUCAGUUUUUGAAAUGAAAGAUGGGACAGAGAAACGAAGAAGUACAGGCGUUGCAUUCGUAUUAUAUUUGAACAAAGAAGAUGCAGUACGUGCUGUGCAAACAUACAAUGGACAAGAAGUAAGUUGAGAUGUGUGAAAUACUUUCUCUUCCAUAUAACGGGUGAUCCAAGAUAAAUUGCACUAAAUUCUGAUGCAUUUUUCUCUCAUUUUUCAUUUAUGAAAAAAAUGCCCUGAAUAUCAAAAGAUAGAGAAUUUCAAGUUCUACAAAACUGUUGAGUUU